AUGGAGAAUGCUAUCGACACAGGGCGACGGGAGUUACGAGACCCAGAAGGGGGGUCGGGAAGCGCAACACCGUCGAGAGCCUCCCAAGCUACGAUCUCAAUCUCGAAAGAUCGCGACAAUGAUGGGCAUCCGUUACCCCGCGAUAGCCUGAACGCACACUCCCUCUCCGCUACGCAGAGCAAUCACAUUUCUCUUUCGGGAGUCGAUCCCGUGGAUGUACAAAUUCGGAACCUAGCUGUCGAAUUGGAUGUCACGUCUUUCGCAUCUCCUCUUGCGAACCUCCCAUUUGGCCGGCGAAAGCCAAACCAGGACGGAAGCCAUGUAUCGGAGAAGAAGUCAAUCCUUCGUGGAGUGUCUGCUUCAAUGGAAAGCGGUACAUUGACAGCAAUCAUCGGAGGGAGUGGCUCAGGGAAAACAACGCUGUUGAACACAUUGGCGGAGCGUGUGACCAGCGGCCGGCUUUCUUUCCAGGGCUCCGCUACAUUUAAUGGCAUGGAAGGCGUGAAGAAUAUACGCAGUGCAUAUGUGAUGCAGCAGGAUGUUUUGUUGCCAACCCUCACGGUCCGGGAGACGCUGCGAUAUUCUGCCGAUUUGCGACUCCCUCCUCCUACAACUGACGAGGACCGCCGCAAAGUCGUCGAAGAAGUUAUACUGGAGCUCGGGUUGAAGGAAUGUGCGGACACCAGAAUUGGCAAUCACCACCAUAAGGGCUGCUCCGGAGGUGAAAAGAGGCGGACAAGUAUCGGAGUCCAGCUUUUAAGUAACCCAAGUGUUUUGUUCUUGGACGAACCGACAACUGGACUGGAUGCGACCAGCGCAUUUCAACUUAUAAGAACGCUGAAAAGUCUGGCAAGCCGAGGAAGGACCAUUAUUACCACUAUCCACCAGCCCAGAUCUGAAAUCUGGAGUAUGUUCGAUGGAUUGGUAAUUCUUACCAGAGGAGCUCCUGUCUUCUCAGGGCGUACAGUCAACUGCAUUCCUUGGUUCAACAAGAUUGGUCUGGAGUUACCACCGUUUGUCAAUCCCGCAGAUUUCCUGAUCGACAUCGCAGCCGUUGAUAACCGGUCGCCUGAGCUUGAGGCUGCCUCAUCAACAAGGGUCGAACGGCUGCAGAUGGGAUGGGCUGCUGAAAGUGUCAAAAUAUUCAACUCUUCGGAUGAAAAGCGAGUAGCAACUACCGACCAGACUCCAUCAAGUCCGGUAAAAUGCUCGAAGUCAAGCUUCCACUCGCCGUUCAUCCGCCAGACAAGGGUUCUGACCUCCCGAACUCUUCUGACUACUUGGCGAGAUCCACUGGGUAUGACAGGUUCUCUUGGGGAGGCGGUCGCAAUGGGGAUCAUCACCGGGUGGGUUUUCCUCUCAUUAGGCAAAGAUCAAUCUGGUAUUCGCAGUCGCGAAGGGGCCCUAUAUAACGCCGCUGCCCUCCAAGGUUAUCUGAUCCUAAUGUUUGAGACGUACCGACUUACAGUUGAUAUCCAACUCUUUGACCGUGAACAUAACGAGCGUGUUGUGAGCGUUGUUCCCUUCUUGCUGAGUAGGCGCAUUGCAAGAUUCUUCGCUGAGGACUUGCCUGUUCCUCUGCUCUACUCCGUCAUAUUUUACUGGAUGGCAGGAUUCAGAGCUGACGCGGGAUCGUUCUUAACCUUUUUUGCUGUGGUGCUUCUUUGUCAAUUCAUCGCCGUGACCUUUGCGAUGACUUGUGUAUCCUUCUCCCGCAAUUUUGGUACCGCAUCCUUGAUUGGGAAUAUGAUGUAUACGAUCCAAACCAUGGCAUGUGGCUUCUUUGUUCAGAUAAAUUCGAUGCCUGUUUAUGUUAGGUGGCUCAAGUGGGUCGCGUACGUAUAUUAUGCCUUCGGGGCACUAGCCGCGAAUGAGUUUGUUGGGCAGUUUUAUGACUGUCCGCUCCCUGGUGGCGAGUCUGACCCUGGCUGUGUGCAGUAUACUGGCGCGUUCAUUAUGGACUCAUUGGCAUUUCCUCACGAUUGGAUAAUGAAACCGAUCGUUAUUCUUGUUGGAUUUGUUGCCGCCUUUUAUUUGAUUGCUGGGGUGGUCCUUAGAUACAAGAGAGUCGAGAUCACUAUUGCCAAAGCCCGCAAUAGCGAUACGGAUUUAUCUGCUGGGAAAGAGAAGAUGGCCGUGAGGCCCACAGCAGAGGCUAGGACAGUGGAUAUUGGGCUUUCCCAAUUCGCACUUCGUCUUGAGAAGCGGACGGUAUUCGGCCGAAAGCUCCCGACGAAAACGAUUUUACAGCCGGUCACAGCUCAAUUUCGAGCUGGAGUGUUGAAUGUUAUUAUGGGCCCAUCAGGGAGUGGAAAGACAUCUUUGCUCAAUUCGAUGGCUCUACGUCUCCAUAGCGGCAUUGCCACGCGUUAUCGCCAGUCUGGCGAUAUGACAUUCAACGGCGCCGUGCCAUUAGAAUCUGUCAUACGCUCCGUGUGUUCCUAUGUCUGCCAGGAUGAUGACGCGCUGCUCCCAUCUCUCACUGUUCGUGAGACACUUCGAUUUUCAGCUGGACUCAGACUCCCUUCGUUCAUGACAAAGGCGCAGAAGAACCACCGUGCUGAAGAAGUGCUUUUGAAACUUGGUCUCAAGGACUGUGCUGAUAAUUUAAUCGGAUCAGAUCAGAUCAAGGGGAUUUCAGGGGGAGAGAAACGCCGAGUCUCCAUUGCAGUCCAGAUCCUGACCGAUCCGCGAGUGCUUCUUUUGGAUGAGCCAACAUCCGGGUUAGAUGCUUUCACGGCAACUUCAAUCAUAGAAGUCCUCCAGGGACUUGCCAAUGAAGGCCGCACUGUGAUACUCACAAUUCACCAGGCUCGUUCAGACUUAUUCAACCAAUUCGGAAACGUGCUCCUUCUGUCACGAGGUGGCUCCUUAGUCUAUGCUGGAAAUUCUGCCAACAUGCUUCCUCACUUUGGUAGCCUUGGGUUCCCCUGUCCUACGACCACCAACCCUGCUGAUUUUGCUCUUGAUCUUGUCACAGUCGACCUUCAACGCUCGUCUCGGGAGGAAGCGACUCGGCAAAGAGUCGAAAGUCUAAUUUCCAGCUGGUCAACCGGGGGCUUCAAUACCAACCUCAACCCAACAACUAUAUCCACUCCUGCCGAGCUUGGUGCCAUGGUCCGGAAACCGUCGUCAUUUAUUUCCGCAUAUCCUAUUCUCGUCCAUCGCGCUUUCGUCAAUUUCCGCAGACAGCCUCCACUGCUGGCUGCACGCACCAUGCAAGUCACGGGUCUAGCCAUCAUUCUAGUGCUCUUCUUCGCCCCCUUAAAAUUCGACUAUUUCUCGGUGCAAACGCGGUUUGGAUUUAUUCAGGAGUUCUGCGCAUUCUACUUUGUGGGUAUGCUCCAGAACGUGGCUAUAUAUCCGAAUGAAAAGGAGGUGUUUUACCGAGAAAACGACGAUGGUACAUAUGGCGUCGAGGCAUUUUUCGCACAGUAUUUAACGCUCGAAGUCCCGUUUGAAAUCGUGACCUCUUUUCUCUUCGCGAUACUAGCGGAUUUAGCUGCUGGUCUUCCGCGGACGCCGCAGAUGUUUUUUGCGUGCUUCUUUAAUUGCUUCUGCAUCGUAUCCUGUGGCGAAAGUUUAGGUAUCAUGGUCAGCCUCCUCCCUUUUUCUCAAUUAGUCACAUCCACCUCGUCAACCUUCCUACUCCCAUUGUUUAACGCCCAACUAAACAGCCCCAUACAGUUCAAUACCCUCUUCGCUCACACUGGCUUCGCCGUAAACGCCACAUCGGUUUUCCUCUCUGUCGCGCAAAUCAUGGCGGGCGUUCUCUCGAUCGGGCUUCCUGCCUUCCUGUCCGCAAUGAACUACCUGUCCCCCCUACGCUACGCAAUGCGUAACCUCGCUCCCUACUCUCUUCGCGAUAUCACAUUUACGUGCGAUGAUCAUCAGCGUGUGUCUGGUGGGGGAUGCAUCAUAGGGGAUGGGAUGCAAGCCUUGCAGUUAUAUAAGUUGGAUACGGAUCCGGGGAUGAAUAUUUUGGCGCUAGGGGUUUGUACAGUCAUUUAUAGGGUUUUAGCUUAUGCGUUGCUGAAACUUGCGAGGAUGAAGUGGGGGACUUUGAAGGGGAGGAGCAAAGGGGCUCGAGCCGAAAAGGGUGGAGGUGUUUCUGGAACUGAGAGUGGAAUGAUAAUAUAA